AUGGAAUGGACCUUUUUGGAAAAAUGUUUGAAUGGCUAUGGCUUUGAUCCUCAAUGGGUUGCUCGCAUAAUGUUCUGUGUCUCUACUCCACAUAUGGCGGUUCUUGUUAAUGGCUCUCCAACUUUGUAUUUCCAGCCUUCGAGGGGCUUACAACAAGGCGAUUCUCUCUCUUCAUAUUUGUUUUUUCUAUGCGUUAAAGUUCUUUCCUCCCAUUUGGCAAUUGCACUCCAUCAGGCUCAGCUGCAAGGAAUCAAAGUCGCUCAUGGUGGCGAAUCCAUAUCACACAUGGCCUUCACGGAUGAUUUGAUUCUAUUUGGCGAAGCAACUUCCUCAGAACUUCAUUCUUUUACUUUGUUACUGGAGGAUUAUUGUCGCUUUUCUGGAUUUUUAGAUGCAGUGUUUCGUGUUAGUCAUUUAACUCCCGGUGGGAUUCUCAAUAAGGCUUUUGUUCUCACCAAUCAGUUCUCUUUUGCGAUAGCACCCACGAGCAGGAGGAUCUCCCAAGUGCAAUGGGAUUUCCCUCCUCCUCCAAUGGUAAAAGUUAAUGUUGAUGGAGCCUCUAGCUGUAAUCCAGGAUUGACUGGCAUUGGCGGAGUCUUUUGCGAUCACUCUGGUCAAUUUCAUUGUGGUUUCUCGGCAGGGGUUGGCUUGGCUCAUUUGGUGGGUUGCAGAGGCUUUGGCGAUCUUGUGUACCUUGCUGGUGGCAGUUCAUCAAGGUCAUCGUUCUCUUAUCGUUGA